CAAGGGAAUAAGCCCAUGGAGAUCUACAAUAAGGACGCCCUGGCCACCCCUGGCAGAUUCAUCCACAUUCAGUCUUGGGGAGGAAUGUGGUCCUCGCCGCCAUUUCAUCCGCCAUUUUGUCAUCAGAGGCAGAGGGGAGCCUUCUUAGAUUGAUAACUGCCCCGGUGCUGGCCCAUCCUGACGCUUCCUUCCCUGGUGGAGGUGGAGGCCCCUGAUUUUGGGUAGGAGCCUGCGCUGUCACUGCAGUCUCCUAGGGACCAGAAACUGCACCCUGUGUGCCUUCUCUCAGCAACUGUGCCUCGCCUUCAGCUGCUUUAGCUUCCAAUUUUCUGCAUCUUUGUGAACCAUCUGUUUUGCCAGUUUUUCAAGUCCACGUAGCAGGGCCACACAAUUCCAGCAUGAACAAUGAAUAAUACUGAAAUUCUGUAUUAAAGAUGAUUUAACUGGCAGCUCUCCACAUAUUUGACAGCUGGGUAAAACAAGUCUCCUACGUAUAGCUCCUAUGCGUAGCAGUAUCUUCGGUUCUCAUUGUUUAAGAAUGAGGAACUAAGAAACCGUAUCAAUUGCGCAUCAUGGGAUGGGUCACUUUCUCAAGAUAUAAGGCUCAGUAAGUCAAGGAAGCUUCAGUUGAUGAGCAGACAUUAGCAACUUGACACCUGUUAAUUCUACUUUUAAUUGCAAUAAUAAGUGCUAGCGAAACCAACAAUCAACAAAAUGGCGCAAGCGGACAUGAAAAAUGCAGACGGAACAGGACCCAAACUUGAAACAAUGACCAUUGCAGUGUCUGCAAGCACACUGUUUAUCAUGAAUGACCAACAAGCAAGUAAAACCAACGGGGAAAAGAUUUUGAAGCAGGGAGUGGCAUUUCCUUUUGUUAAGGCCUUGGUGAAAGCGAAUGACUAUUUCCAGAAGCUUUACCCUGACAAUGAAAAGCCAUUCAAGAUCUUCCUGAUGAAUAAUACAGCCACACAAGAGAAAUGCCUCAAAGACAGCCUCAAAGAGUUUGGUCUAAGUGAAAUCUCUAUCCAUGAGGAUGACAUCAGCAAUCUCACCGGGAACAUUCUCUACCUCACCGAGGACCCUGAAAAAGCAGAGAUUGCCAUUAAAAACAAGCAUGCAGCUGGCAUUAUGUUCCCCAAUGACCCCAAUAUGGAAGUGCAAUCCAAGGAUGAGGAAGAGCUUCGUGUGGCCUUCGAUGGAGAUGGCAUUCUGUUCUCUGAUGAGUCUGAGAAAGUUACCAAGGGGGUCGGGCUGGAAGCCUUCUUUAAAAAUGAGAAGGAUAAACAGGACAUCCCUCUCGAGAAGGGCCCGCUGAAGUGCUUUCUGGAGGUUCUCUGCAACCUGCGGGAAAAGCUCAGUGACAAGAGUCCAUUCAAAGUGCUGACCUACCUGGUGACAGCACGCGGCUCAGGCAUUCCUGGGUUCAGGGCCCUGAUGACCUUGAAGACCUGGGGCCUGGAGCUCAAUCAGGGCUUCUUCUUAUGCGGGAGCCCCAAGGGCCCGUCCUUGCAGAUGAUCCGCCCGCACAUCUUCUUCGAUGACCAGCAGCGGCACAUCGACGCAGCGCGUAAACUGGGGAUCAUCUCUGCCCACGUGCCUUAUGGGAUAGGGUACGAGACCCCUGCCAAGAAGCCAAAGAAGUAAUGAAACAUGGGGACAAACAAAGCUGUUAAAAUGCACAGCGAAGUCAGCAUUAACUGGAGUUGGGCUGCGGGUCUAUUACUUUGUCUUUCCUCUUUUUAUAGUUUAUCCAUGGAAUGCAGAAACUGACAAUAAUUCAUAGUUGAAUUUUAAGUCAUUUGACUCAGCUUUUACAUAUUACAAAUGCUCUAAAUUUAAAGUACUCUACACAGGGAAUGUUUCUGGGAAAAGUGGGUUAAUUUCUUUAAGCUUAUAAUGUUACAUUAAGAAUAAAAAAUUU